AUGGCCGGCGGUUAUUUCGAUCUACCGAUAUCCUCGUCCCGGCGUUCAAGCCUUACUGAUGAAUAUCAUAAUGCGAGCAGAUCUGCCCCAGGGCCGCGUACUUCUCCUCUUGUGACUCCCAAUGAGAUCUCACAUCAGGGAAAACCGCUGGACCCUAUCAACACCCAGGGUAGACAUCGGAAUGCAGGAAUUUUGAAAAGUGCGAAUCGCGUCAAGUUCACCGUCAGCGAGGCUGGCUUGCUCGAGGCUCCUGCAGCGGGAUCGACGUCAGAGACCCGUUUUGACGGAAGGGGCUCGUCACUCCCUCAGCGACCAUUGCCUGCCGCCAGCAUUCCAGCUGCAGAGAGAGCUCCCCAUUCAUUUUCUCCGGUGGAUCCGGGUUCCAACGCCGCUGCAGGUGUCACGGGCCUCGCUGUCCACUCCCAAGCGAGCUCGUUGGAGAUCCCAAGGGACUAUGAGAUCAGCGGAGAGAAAGGGAGAGCCUUUCAGUUUGCUCAGGAGCGAGCUCAGCGACUGGCGUCCCUUCUGGGACGUACUUCGAAAUCUCCCCGGCCAAGCCCCCGAUCGAGCCUGCCGUCAUCUGUCGCAUCGACUCCCACAGAGGUGGUGCCGCCGUCAGAAGAUGGUAGUGACAUUCCUAUGAUCAAUCUUUCCGAGAAACAUUUCUACGACGACUUUCCCGACGAGGAUGAAGACGGCCUCGUCGAUGGACGAACAUUGACCCGAACCUCAGAGGCCCAUCAGCUCGUGCGACAAAUGACUCGUAAAGACUUUAACUUUCUGACCCGGAUCCGCGCACCGUCCCCAGGACUCCGCUCCGGACAGGUCACCCCCAUCGAAGAGAGAGAUCCCGACGCCUAUGUCGAGCGGCCGACCCAUUACCGGGGGGGCAUCCUCUCGUCCCUCCUCAAGCUAUAUGACCAGUCGUCGGGCAGCAGCCAGUAUUCCCGCGGCCGAUAUGGCCACUCACGCCAGAGCAGUCUAGGGGAGGUCAGCAGCCGGGGCCUCUCGCCGGACCCUGGCUGGAAACAACCCCAGCGUCAACGGAAGUGGUACGAAAAAUCCCCAAGCCAAUCCAGCACCUCCCUGUCCGGCUCGACGGCGAAGAACUCGUCCAGCUCGCCCAUUGCGAUGCUCAAGCGCUCGCGGAGUAGUGGUCCCAUCCCCGGCACGGGCGGCAAACGCUGGACCAAACCCCGGCUGGAGGAUGAGAUCCGCAUCACCGUCCAUAUCGCUGAGCUGCUCUCGCGCCAGCGGUAUCUCAUCCGACUGUGCCGGGCACUGAUGAAGUACGGUGCUCCGACCCAUCGUCUUGAGGAAUACAUGACCAUGACUGCUCGCGUCCUGGAGAUCGACGGCCAGUUCCUGUACAUACCCGGCUGUAUGAUCAUCUCCUUUGACGACGCGUCCACGCACACCACCGAGGUCAAGGUGGUCCGAUCGGCCCAGGGAGUCGACCUGGGCAAGCUUUCCGAUGUACAUAUUGUCUAUAAGGAGGUCAUUCACGACGUGAUUGGCGUGGAGGAAGCCAUCCAGCGUCUGGAGGAGAUCAUGAAGAAGAAGAACAAGUAUUCCUUGUGGAUGCUCAUCCUGGUCCACGGGUUUGCUUCGGCGUCCGUGGGGCCGUUUGCCUUCAACGCCCGGCCGAUCGACCUGCCGAUUGCCUUUCUGCUCGGAUGCCUCCUGGGCGUCCUGCAACUGGUCCUGUCCCCGCGUUCGAACCUGUACUCGAAUGUAUUUGAGAUAUCGGCGGCGGUGCUGACCUCCUUCCUGGCCAGGGCCUUUGGCAGCAUCCGGUACGAAGGCGAACGCCUGUUCUGCUUUUCGGCCCUGGCGCAAUCGUCGAUCGCGCUGAUUCUGCCCGGGUACAUGGUGCUGUGCGMCAGUCUGGAACUGCAAUCGCGCAGCAUCGUCGCUGGCUCCGUGCGCAUGGUCUACGCCAUCAUCUACUCGAUGUUCCUCGGUUUCGGCAUCACCAUCGGCACCGCCGUGUACGGCCUGCUGGACUCGGACGCCUCGACUGAGUACACCUGCCCCGCGAGCCCGAUCAGCAACGAGUACCUGCAGCACUUCCCCUUCGUCAUCCUUUUCACUCUCUGCCUCGCGCUCGUCAACCAGGCCAAAUGGCGCCAGAUCCCCGUCAUGCUCCUCAUCGCCUUCGCCGGCUACGUCACCAACUACUUCGGCUCCAAGCGCUUCGCCUCCAGCACGCAGGUCUCCUCCGCCCUCGGCGCCUUCGUCAUCGGCGUCCUAGGCAACCUCUACAGCCGCCUCCGCCACGGCCUCGCAGCCGCAGCCAUGCUCCCCGCCAUCUUCGUGCUCGUUCCCUCCGGCCUUGCCGCCAGCGGCUCCCUAAUCUCAGGCAUCGCCUCCGCCCAGUCCAUCACAACCUCCAACUCGCCCUACGCCGUCAUCUCCAACGGUACGCAGGGCUUCGUCGACGCAGCCCGCAAUAUGACCAACAUCGACGACCAGUUCCACGGCGUCGUCUUCGACAUCGGCUACGGCAUGGUCCAGGUCGCCAUCGGCUUCACGGUAGGCCUGUUCCUCGCCGCGCUGGUCGUCUACCCGCUCGGCAAGAAACGGAGCGGCCUGUUCAGUUUCUAG